AUGAAUACUAACUAUAUCGAUAAUAAAGAUAAAUUCUUAGGUCAAUCUGAUUUGAACGUUGAAGAAUUAGAUAUCAAUGAUGUCCCAUUAAAGAUACAGACUGUGGCAAUAGAUGAUGAAUUAGUUGUUACUGCUGUUGAUGUUGCUAGUGAUGCUGCUACUACUACUCCUUUACCAUUACCUUUAUUGAUCUUGAAUAAAAAUCCUCAUUAUUUGUUACAUGAUUUCAAACAAUUCAUCAAUGAAUCUAAAUCAUCAAUUCAAUUGCAAUUUUGGGAAAUUCAUGAUAAAUAUUCACCACAACAAUUGAAAUCAAUUGAAGAACAAUUUUUAGAAUUUUAUAAAUCUGAACAAGUUUCUAAUUUCCUAGAUAAAUAUGAAAAACCUUUAAAUAAUUUAUUCAUUGGUUUAACAAUUAUAAUCAUAUUACAAAUCUUCAAAUUUUUCUUCAACCAAUUCACCAAAAAACCUUCUAAAACAAUAAUCCCAAAAGAAGCACUGACUGAAAAGGCAACAAAAGAUGCAUUAGCUGGGUUUAAAGAUUAUAAUUUAGAAACAAUUCCAAUUUGUAUUGGGAAAGGUGAUGAAGAAGAAUUACAAUUAUUAAAUAGUUAUACUGAAAUUUUACAAAAUUCAAAUGAUGAAGAAAUUUUAACAAAAUAUGGUUAUAAUAUUAAUGAUUUAAUAAAUUCAAGUGAACUAAAUGGAUUGAAUUCUUCAAAUGAUAACUCUAAUUUAUCUGAUAUGUUUGAAUCAACUCCAUUAGAUAUAGAUGAAGCUCCAUUAGAUCAAUCCAUUGAUUCAAACUUAAAUUCAAAUUCAAAUUCAUCAACUGGAAAUUCAUCAAAUCAAAACUCUUCAUCAAAUUCACCACCUGUUAAGAGUGAAGAUUCUUUUGAAAAACAUGAAAAUUUAUUAGAUGAUGAAUUUUCAUUAAGAUUAAUAAAUAAUUCAAUAAAUUUAGAUUCAAAAUCUUCAAAAUCUUCAAUCUUGGAAAAAUUUUCCACUUCACCAUCAAAAAAAUUAGUUUAUAAAAAAUCUACUGCAAUUUUAACAAAUAAUGCAUUCCCAAAAGAAUCUGUUGCUGAUACCACUGUGGGUGAUAUAACUACUGAAACUGUUUAUUCAGAACCUUUCACCAGUGAUGCUGAAACUUCAUUUAAGAAUAGCUUAUGA